AGUGACGCUCGAGAACGACUCGAAAAGAUCUCUACUGUUGUAAAAAAGCCACUGAAAUGUAUUAAAUGUUACAAUUGUUAUUCGAUUUAUAUUAUAAUCUCUUACUGUGAUCAAAUGCGGUUCAAGUGAUACAAUUACCCGGACAUAAAGUAGUAGUAAUAAUAAUAGUGGUUGCGAUCUCGUUGUUGAAAACUCCAUGGGCGUAUGCUAGAUGAUUUGAUUGUCGGUAUACGGUUUUUGAGUAUUGGAAAAGUGUAAGUUUGAAAUUGUGCCGAUUAACGACUGUGUCGUGGUUUUAUGUGGAUUUGGCAGUUUUAGAAAACAUUCAGUAAACGAUGGCCGAGGUCCAGGAGCAGGUUCAGACGAACGGUCUGGCGAACGACACGGAGGAUGACGAAAGGGCGAAGGCGCGCCCUGCAGACAUUGACGCGGAUAUGAGGGAAAUGGAACGACGGAAGCGAGUAGAGAUGAUCAUGAAUUCGCGUCUUUUCCGCGAAGAAUUGGAACGUAUCCUGGACGGACAACUCAGGGAAGGCGGAGGCGGCGGAGCAUCAGGACUGCUGCAACGUCUCGGGGAAAUGAUGGGCGUCUCUGCUGCCAGGAUACCAGCAUUCAAGAGUGCCAACUGUGUACUGCCAAUUAACGAUAUUCGUGGUGUUGAAAGUAUGGGUUACGCCAAAGGCGAAAAGAUUCUUCGGUGCAAAUUGGCUGCAGCUUUUCGACUUAUGGACAUGUAUGGCUGGAGCCAAGGUAUUGACAGUCAGAUCACAGCCCGUUUAAACGCCGACCAAGAAUUGUUCUUAGUUAACCCUUACGGUAUGCUUUUCCACGAAGUCACUGCCAGUAGUCUCGUUAAAGUCAACAUGCAAGGUGCUGUUAUCGAACAAGGCACCACGAAUUUUGGAAUUAACCUACACGAUUUUCUUUUGCAUUCUGCCGUCCAUGCAGCAAGACCUGAUGUCCGUUGUGUACUACGAGUCCAGUGUGCCCCCGUACUGGCUGUAUCUGCCAUCAAAGGAGGCUUAGUAGCUGUUUGCAAGAGUGCAGCACUACUUGGAGAUGUUGCUUCUCACCAAUACUUUGGAGGUGUGCAAGAUGAUGAAGAACGUGCACGUUUAUCCAGAUCUCUAGGACCAGUUAGCAAAGUUCUAUUUUUGACAAAUCACGGUGCAGUUUGUUGUGGUGAGACAGUGGAAGAGGCUUUUUAUAAUGCACAGCAUGUUGUGGCUGCUUGUGAGGCUCAACUUCGGUUGAUGCCUGUUGGUAUCGAGAACCUCACUGUUAUUCCGGAAGAAGUUAGAAAACAGAUUUAUGAAGCUUCCAGACGGCCACCAGACCAGCAAGGUUCCGGAUCUACUCAACAGCAGACUAAUACGACAACAACAACGGAACCAGAUGGAACCACUGUCAUCACAACCACGACAACUACGACUACUGAAAACCAUCAGCCAAAUGUCCAGGACGUCAGAGAUGCGCGUGUUAAUGCCGCCAGGUGGCGCGUUGGAGGCUCAGAGUUUGAGGCUCUGAUGCGGAUGCUGGAUAAUGCAGGAUAUCGAACUGGUUACAUAUAUCGUCAACCUCUGGUCAAAGGUGAACCACCACGACCCAAGAAUGAAGUUGAAGUACCACCGGCAGUCAGCUCGUUGGGAUAUUUGUUGGAGGAGGAAGAAAUGUACAGACAAGGAAUCUGGAAAAAGUUAGAUGGCAGGAAAGGACACGACCGUACACGUUGGUUAAACUCACCAAAUGUUUACCAGAAAGUUGAGAUUUUGGAAACAGGAACACCAGACCCGAAGAAGAUCACCAAGGAGAGAAUACAUUAAAUGGCGACCAUUCGGACGCACACCCGAGCACCUUCUCGCAGAGCAGCAAAGAAGAAAUGUCGACAGAAGACUCCCCGAAGAAGGACAAGAAGAAGAAGAAGGGCCUGAGGACGCCAUCGUUCCUCAAGAAGAAGAAGGAAAAGAAGAAGUCCAUCGAGGCAUAAUAAGACAACACUUUAUUAAUAUUAUUAUUAUUAUUAAAACUAAACAAACAACAAACAACAAACAACAAAUCAACAAAUCAAUUUCUUACUUCUCUACUCUACUCUAAUCUAAUCUAAUCGACUAUUUUACCACUUGUGUUUUUUUUUAAGUAAUCGAUGCACACUUAGAGAGGAUGAUGAACUUUUGUCCGUUUAAUUUGGAUUAUGUUUGGCACGAGGUAAAGGAAAUUUUAGAGAUUGAAUUCAUUUUUUAAACGAGGUAUUGAGUUGAUUGGAUAUUUUAUAUUUGUUUUAAGUAUUAUCGAGGAUGAAUUGUUUGGUUUCUUGAUCUCGGGCUGAAUAUAAUCAUAGGA